CUGGGAGCGGCCGGCCAGAAACUCCCGUGGAUCCGCCGGGAGCUGCUGGACCCCCACGUCCCUCUCUCGUUCCAAGCCAGCCUGAGGGAGAGGUUUUCCCGAGGGAAGGUACUGAACGGAUCUGGUGCAGGAAGCGACUCAGUGAUGUGGUUACAGAGAUGAAUGAAACAGCCCCUGCUCUCAAAUAUUUUUACAAUCUAAUGAGGGGAACACAAAACUAACAUCACAGGUUAACCACGUUCUUCUCAGCUUUCAACCAAAAGUAAGAAGAGACAUUAGGAUUUUCAUUCUUUCUGGGUUGCUUCCUUCCUGAAGAACAAUGGGGAUGCUGUUAAGUGGAAGAGGAUUAAUCACAUCUCUAAUUUUCUUCUUGUUAAAAUUCUCAACAGCUGUUGAUAUACCACUUUCAGUUCAACAGGUUCCAACAAUCAUAAAACAGUCAAAAGUACAAGUUGCCUUUCCUUUUGAUGAGUAUUUUCAAAUUGAAUGUGAAGCUAAGGGAAAUCCAGAACCAACAUUUUCGUGGAGUAAGGAUGACAAGCCUUUUGAUCUCUCUGACCCUCGGAUAAUUGUAUCUAACAACUCAGGAACAUUCAGGAUCCCGAAUGAGGGGCACAUAUCUCACUUUCAAGGGAAAUACCGCUGCUUUGCUUCUAAUAAACUGGGAAUUGCUAUGUCAGAAGAAAUGGAAUUUAUAGUUCCAAAUGUUCCAAAAUUCCCAAAAGAAAAAAUUGACCCUCUUGAAGUGGAGGAGGGUGAUCCAAUUGUCCUCCCGUGCAACCCUCCCAAAGGCCUCCCACCUUUACACAUUUAUUGGAUGAAUAUUGAAUUAGAACACAUCGAACAAGAUGAAAGAGUAUACAUGAGCCAAAAGGGAGAUCUGUACUUCGCAAAUGUGGAAGAAAAAGACAGUCGGAAUGAUUACUGUUGCUUUGCUGCAUUCCCAAGAUUAAGGACUAUCGUGCAGAAAAUGCCUAUGAAACUAACAGUUAACAGUUUAAAGCAUGCUAAUGACUCGAGUUCAUCCACAGAAAUUGGUUCCAAGGCGAAUUCAAUCAAGCAGAGGAAACCCAGACUACUGUUGCCUUCUCCGGAGAGUGGCAGUGAGUCGUCCGUUACCAUCCUCAAAGGGGACACCCUACUGCUCGAGUGUUUUGCUGAAGGCCUACCAACUCCACAGGUUGAUUGGAACAAAAUGGGAGGCGAUUUACCAAAGGGAAGAGAAACAAAAGAAAAUUAUGGCAAAACUUUGAAGAUAGAGAAUGUCUCCUAUCGGGACAAAGGAAACUAUCGCUGCACAGCCAACAAUUUCUUGGGAUCAGCCAUUCAUGAUUUUCAUGUUAUAGUAGAAGAAAAUGUUGAUGAGCUCUUCAGUUUAUCUCCAGAGCCCCCUCGCUGGACAAAGAAACCUCAGAGUGGCGUGUACAGCACUGGGAGCAGUGGUAUCCUGUUGUGUGAGUCUGAAGGAGAACCUGAGCCCGCAAUCAAGUGGAGAGUCAAUGGUUUCCCAAUUGAGAGAAAUCCAUUUUCUGGUGACGUCAUCUCCCCCAGGGAAAUCAGUUUUACCAAUGUGCAACCGAAUCACACUGCUGUGUACCAGUGUGAAGCCUCGAACAUCCAUGGCACUAUCCUUGCCAAUGCCAACAUCGAUGUUUUAGAUGUCCGUCCAUUGAUACAAACUGCAGAUGAAGAAAAUUAUGCCACGGUGGUGGGGUACAGUGCUUUCUUACACUGUGAGUUCUUUGCUUCACCCGAGGCAAUUGUGUCCUGGCAGAAGGUGGAAGAAGCAAAACCCCUUGAAGGCAGACGGUAUCAUUUCCAUGAGAAUGGCACGUUACAGAUCAGUGAGACCACAGAAGAAGAUGCUGGGUCCUACUCUUGUUGGGUAGAAAACGCUAAAGGAAAAACAGCAGUCACAGCCAAUUUGGAUAUUAGAAAUGCUACAAAACUUAGAGUUUCUCCUAAGAAUCCUCGUGUCCCCAGAUCACACACACUUGAAUUACAUUGUGAGAGCAAAUGUGACUCACAUUUGAAAUACAGUUUAAAAUUAUCCUGGAGUAAAGAUGGAGAAGCCUUUGAAAUUAAUGGCACAGAGGAUGGCAGGAUAAUUAUUGAUGGAGCUAAUUUGACUAUAUCUAAUGUCACCGUAGAAGACCAAGGUGUCUACUCGUGUUCAGCUCACACUGCUCUAGAUAGCACUGCUGCUAUGACUCAAGUAACUGUCCUUGAUGUUCCGGACCCGCCAGAAAACCUUCACUUGUCUGAAAGACAGAACAGAAGUGUUCGGCUGACAUGGGAGGCUGGAGAUGAUCACAACAGCAAUAUUAGCGAGUAUAUUGUAGAAUUUGAAGGAAACAGAGAGGAACCUGGAAGGUGGGAAGAAUUGACUAGAGUCCAAGGAGAGGAAACAACAGUCAUGUUAUCUUUGGCUCCGUAUGUGAGAUACCAGUUCAGGGUCAUAGCCGUGAAUGAAGUAGGGAGAAGCCAGCCUAGCCAGCCAUCAGACCAUCAUGAAACACCCCCAGCAGCUCCAGACAAGAAUCCACAAAACAUAAGGGUUCAAGCUUCUCAACCCAAGGAAAUGAUUAUCAAAUGGGAGCCUCUGAAACCCAUGGAGCAGAAUGGACCUGGACUGGAGUACAGAGUGACCUGGAAACCACAGGGAGCCCCGGUGGAGUGGGAGGAAGAAACAGUCACAAACCACACCCUGCGGGUGAUGACGUCUGCUGUCUAUGCUCCAUAUGAUGUCCAGGUCCAAGCCAUCAAUCACCUGGGCUCUGGCCCUGAGCCUCAGUCAGUGAUUCUGUAUUCUGGAGAAGACUAUCCUGAUACAGCUCCAGUGAUCCAUGGGGUGGAUGUGAUAAACAGCACAUUAGUUAAAGUUACUUGGUCAACAAUUCCAAAGGAAAGAGUACAUGGACAUCUGAAAGGAUAUCAGGUAAAUUGGUGGAAAACAAAAAGUCUGUUGGAUGGAAGAACAUAUCCUAAAGAAGUAAACAUUCUGAGAUUUUCAGGACAAAGAAACUAUGGAAUGGUUCCUUCCCUAGAUGCCUUUAGUGAAUUUCACUUAACAGUCUUAGCCUAUAAUUCCAAAGGUGCUGGUCCAGAGAGUGAGCCUUAUAUAUUUCAAACACCAGAAGGAGUACCUGAAAAGCCAACUUUUCUCAAGGUCAUCAAAGUUGAUAAAGACACUGCCACUUUAUCCUGGGGACUACCUAAGAAAUUAAAUGGAAACUUAACUGGCUAUCUAUUACAGUACCAGAUAAUAAAUGACACCUAUGAGAUUGGAGAACUAAAUGAUAUCAACAUUACAACUCCAUCAAAGCCCAGCUGGCGUCUCUCAAACCUCAGUGCAACUACCAAGUACAAAUUCUACUUGAGGGCUUGCACUUCAAAGGGCUGUGGAAGACCCAUCACCGAGGAAAGCUCCACGUUAGGAGAAGGGAGUAAACGUGUCGGGAAGAUAUCAGAAGGAGUAAAUCUUACUCAAAAGAUUCACCCAGUAGAGACAUUUGAGCCGGGAGCUGAACAUAUAGUUCGCCUAUUGACUAAGAAUUGGGUUGAUAACAAUAGCAUUUUUGAAGAUGUAAUUGAGACAAGAGGGAGAGAAUAUGCUGGUUUAUAUGAUGACAUCUCCACGCAAGGCUGGUUUAUUGGAUUGAUGUGUGCGAUUGCUCUUCUCACCCUAAUGUUGUUGACUGUUUGCUUUGUGAAGAGGAACAAAGGUGGAAAGUACUCAGUAAAAGAAAAGGAAGAUCUGCAUCCAGACCCAGAAGUUCAGUCAGUGAAAGACGAAACCUUUGGUGAAUACAGUGACAGCGAUGAAAAACCUCUCAAAGGAAGCCUUCGCUCCCUUAACAGGGAUAUGCAGGCCACAGAAAGUGCCGACAGCUUAGUCGAUUAUGGAGAAGGUGACCACGGUCUAUUCAGUGAGGAUGGGUCAUUUAUUGGCGCCUAUGCUGGAUCGAAGGAGAAAGGAUCGGUGGAAAGCAAUGGAAGUUCUACAGCACCAUUUCCACUCCGAGCGUAAACGCAGAGCAUAGAAACCCAUCAGCGGUGCACACCAACAUUCCAUCUGUAUCUGCUUCAAGGGAGCAAGAACUUUUCCUCUAGGAAGAGAAACAUUGUGGCAAAAGACUAUCCAGAAUUCCAACUUCCUGCAGUUGUGUUGAGAACAAUAGCACUGCCUUGAAAAAGUAAAACACCUAGCACUACACGCCUGUGUUUUUUUUUUUUUUCCAGGUGCUCAAAAUGUAGAACACAAAAGAAAUCCUGUAUUUAGAUUCACCUCACCUGAAUCCAAAGUAUCCAUCCAGUGAACUCCAUAUUUGCCUGGUUUUACUCUUCACUGUGUUUGCAGAGAUGUUGCUACCUUGUGGGUUUUCUGUGUAUGCACAUGUGUAUUCCGUCUCGGAGAACUGUCUUAGUGACUUCGCUUCCUGACAGGUUAAAAGAUGGUAAGCAAACUGGUUAUUUAAAAUGUAAAGAGAAUGAAUGUCUUACUUAAACAGUUCGUGGAAUAUAUACAGUCUAAAUUUAUUAUUUAAAAUUUGAGUAGUAGAAGUCUUAGGUGAACGAUCAACUAGUAUUUAUUGAGCGCCUAACUCUUUGCCCAGAGACGGUCAUGCUUAAACAGAAUUCUACCUUUUUCAGUUUCAACGUGAAUUUGUAAUUUCUGUCACUCAUCACAUCUACAAAAAACAUCUUUGUUUUUUGUGUUUUUGUGUUGGACUCAAUUCAGCUGCAAAAGAAGCAGUGGUCAGGUUAUCUUAUGAAAGAACAGGCAGGAGGUGUCCGUGAUGCUGUGGUCUAAUAAUUGGUAUCUAUUUAAUAGCUCCAUUUCUAAACUGACUGCCUGUACCUUUUCUCUAUGUUUGUAUAAUGUUAUGUUCCAUAUAUUUCAUGAAUGCAUUGUAAAUAUGAUGUUAAUAUUUACACAAUUUAAAAUAGAGAUUGUUUUAUUUUGGAGUGAGAAAAAGAACAUUAACAGGCAUGUCUGUGCAGCUGGGGGAUAUAGUAAUGCACCAUGUUUCAUCAUUCCAAAGCUCCAACCAAUCACAUGAGGUUCCCAAACUGAAGACUUUGUACAAAGCAUUUGGAUUCUGUUCUUAUGUGCUUUUCCCCACCAUCUCAAAAUAAAAUAUCAUCAUAUAAAUAUUGAGGGGAAUGUUUCAAAGUAAAUUUUUGUUGUUGAGUGUGCUCCUACCCCAGCCCCCCAAAAGGAAAACUGUUUACAGUAGAAAUUCCUAUACAUAGGUUUUGCCUGUAUCACACUUUAAACAUCUUGGGGUGGGGGGAUAGUUUUCUAUGUUCGCCUUCUGUCCAAGCCAGUACAAAGUCAGGGAAUUUAUUUCCUGGCACGUGAGCUACUAGUCCCUCUAAAAUUAUACAUGGAAACGGUUUAGAAAUACUAUGAAGGACAGUGCAUGCGUGUCUGUCAGUAAAAUUCAGUGUGGAGCUUCUCAUUUUAUGGAAAACAUUUUUAACCUUACCUCAACAUUCUUCAGUGUAUUUCUUAAUUAUGUUUAAGUGAAAUGGACUCACAGAUUUUAUUUUUUGAACUGUACCCAUCGGUGUAUAUUGUUAAACCCUUGACUUUGAUGUAUGUAGCCCGCUCUUUCUUGUGCACUAAAAUGAGGGAGUGUGUAUAAUGGUCAAUGCAAUAAUCCAAUGCAUGGACUAUCUAAUGAUCGUUUUAAACCUUGUCUGUCCUCCAAAAGGGAUAGGCGGCAAAAGAAGGUCUUAUUUAAAACAAUUCUUUGUGGGCUCAGGACUUGACCACACCCCUGAAGUAAGAAUUCCCAAAGGGGGAAGGCACUACUGUGGGGCCUCACCCUCACUCUGAGGGUGCACGCACCCACCCAUCCGGCCCCUUGAGCUUCAUCCCCAUCUAAUUUUAAGGCACAACUUUUCUCAAGGAAGAAUCAUCAUGUUUUGACUUACCUGGGAGGAAUUUCGGGUACUCAGCUAUCGAUGAGGCCAAGGUUAGGACUUCUGAGUUUAGUCCCACUAGUAUUCCACUUGUUCUUCUUUGUCAUCAGCUAAACAAGGUUUUAACGGAAUCCUGCAGGAUGGACAUAAUCUCAGAAGUGCAUUAGGAUUAGAUUUAUUAUCAAUUUAAUUACCUUUAAGUUAGAAGGAAACACAAAUCAUGAAAUGUUUGCUUUUCCUAGAUCGUAGAGUUCUCCAUUAACUGCGUGAGUAAGAAGGAUGUUCCUGCUCAUAUUUUCUGAACGGCCAAAACUUAGGGACUUGAAAAAUGAGAUUGCUUUCACACUGCCUUUUGCUAUCACUCUCUAUUACCUUUUCUCAAUAGCAUGUGGUUUCUACCGGGAAGCUUCACAGAAGGAAUAGGUCCAUGACUAACUUUCUCUAGUCUCCUGGCAAUAGGAUUUCAAUGUAAUAGGUUGUAUAUAAUCUCAAGGCCUGUUGGUGGGGAUCAGUUCCUAGACAGCUGUCCAAGGGCUGGGAAAAUCCAAGUUCUCUUCCUGGUUCCAGCACUGAUUUUGUACAUAAACCGUAGGCAAGUUGCUUGACCCGUUUGCUUCAAACUCUCUCAAGUGCUAAUGAUUCUCUGUUACCUUCUCUCCAUCACAGGGUGUUCUUUUUUAUGAAGAAAGAUUUGAACAUGAUAAAAGCUAAGAUGCCUUCUAACUUCAUAAACCUAUAAUCUAAUGAUAUGUCGAAAAUCACCCCCCACAUACCAACUCAACUUGUUUCCUGUGAACACAUAAAUAUAUUUUUAUAGAAAACCAAAUCUGCAGGAACGCACUCUACUGUUCCAUGAGCAGUAUGAUUUGCACAUGCCAUCAAAAAUUAUUAAUCCGAAGAUAAUUAAGCAGGGUCUUUGCUAUACAAAAGGGUUUUUCACGAAUUUUGCAGGUGUAUUUAUAAGAAAAUGUGAAUUUGGGGGAUUUAUUCUGUUGGUGUAAAGGCAUCUGAUAUUUUAGAUGUAUCCAUGUUUAUAAAAGUGUAAAGCACAAUGAAAUUAUGCUGGAAUUCUCAAAUAAUAUUUUUCCUACUUUAUAUUCAUGGAAGAGAUGAGCUCAAGAGAGAACAAAAAUGAAAAAUGUUGGUGUGAUUUUCUAAGCGUUUAAAGCAUAAUUGCCAAUUGAAACCCUAAAAAUGUUUACAUGUCAUUAAGAUAUGAGUCUUGUAACAAUUUUACAUUGAUUAUAAAGGGAUUGGGUUUGUAAUCUGUGGUCGUAUCUAUCCCAGUGUGCCCAUAGUGAAAUAAGUAGGGUUGAGCCAAAGCUUUCUUUAUAUCUUAAAUUGUUUGAUUACAACCCCAAACAGGUAAAAGGUAUGUAGAAACUGGUUUCCCUGAUUUUCUGUUGGCUUAGGUUAAUAUUCAUAGUAGAACUUGCUUAAAAUGUGUUUGUAUUGUAGGUGGUGUCUGUAUUACACUUAUGGAUAUGUUUGGUUUAAAAAAUAUUUUCAGUAUACAAGAAAUUCAACUUUCCAAAUAAACAUUCGCCUUCAUGUACUCUAAAA